CUACGCCGCUAUUGGCUCGGAGGAGGCGGGACAGCGCGGCCCUUUUCGCAAGCGGCGCGCCGAUUGGGCGCGGCACGGCGGCGCAGACGGAAGCCUCGCGCUGAUUGGCUGCGCGCUUUCCCCUCACGGAGAGCCGAGCGGCGGGGCCGGCGGAGCGGGGCCAUGGCGGAGCCGGGCUGCGGGGCUCAGUUCCAGGCGGCCGUGCGCGUCAUCCAGGGGCUGCCCCGGAGCGGUUCGUACCGGCCUUCCUACGAGGAGAUGCUGCGCUUCUACAGCUACUACAAGCAGGCGACGGCGGGCCGCUGCCAGGAGCCCCGGCCCGGCUUCUGGGACCCCAUCGGCCGCUACAAGUGGGACGCGUGGCACAGCCUGGGCCGGAUGAGCCGGGAGGAGGCCAUGGCCGCGUACGUGGCCGAGAUGAAGAAGGUGGCCCAGAAGAUCAUCGCCACGCUGCGCCCGGACGAGACGACGCAGGAGAUGUUCCGCUACUUCGAGCCGCUCUACGAGGUGAUCCGCGACAUGCCGCGGCCCCCGGAGGGCUUCUUCCGACGGCCGGGCGAUGAGCAGGAGCAGCCGGCCGAGCACGGCCAGGAGGAGCGAGUGAACGGCCCGGCCCCGGAGCGGCCGGAGGAUGCACUGCCCAGAGAGCAGCAGGACGGGCAGCAGACGCCAGGAGCAAGGCCGGCUCCUGCUGCUGACACGCGCCAGGGCAGCCAGGGCACCAGCGACUCUGAGGGGGAAGUGUUCUGCGAUACCAUGGAGCAGAUGGAGCCUGAGCAGGCUGGGCAGCUGCUGGCUGAGCGGGGGCUCCCAAAGAGCGCCCCGGCCGGGUGCGUGGCUGGGCGGGCGGAGCGGGGUGAAGGCAGAAGACGGGAGGGGAGCGGCGGUGCCGACCUCGCGGCCCGGGGCUCUGACAGAGAUCUGCAGCUCACCGGGGCAGAAGAGGACGCGGGGAGCCCCGCCGAGCCCACUGCCGUGGAGCAGCAGCUGCUGCCGGAGCUGGACGCCCACGUGGCCGGCACCGUGCGGGCCCUGCAGGACGACAUGCAGCGCGUGCUGGAGCGGCUGAGCGAGCUGGAGCUGCUCACCUCCGCGAAGGACGCACCUGGGGCCGAUCCCGGAGAGCUGCUCGCCGUGCAGGUGAGUGGGGUGGGAGGCAGCGCUGCGCAGUCCCUGUCGGCCUGUUCUCGACGUCCGGGCGGCUCUGUGACCUCGGCUGUGCUGCUGGGGGCGGUGACCGGGCUGGGGAGGGGUCCUUCAGCAGGAGAGCAGGAGGUGGCCGUGGGGCAGGCAGCAGGGACAGGUGUGAGGAACGCGUCCCCCUGCAAUUCUGUCCCCGUGCCCCGUCCCUGACAACAGCGGAGCGAUGCGGUGAGACCCUAGCAGGACGAUGGGCGCAAAAGGGACGGCAGCGCUCGGGGCGUUGGGUGCCGCCCUGCUCUCCCACACCUCUCUGUCCCUCUCCAGGCGGAGUCCCCGUGGCCGCUACCCGCGUCCCUGCACACCCUGCUGUUCCUCGUGGCCUGGCCCUUCGUCACCCAGUGGCUGCUGCGGCGCUGGCGGGGCAGGAAGAGGUGACGCGUCC